GGCUGAAACUGCACCAGCAACAGGCAUAUGUAUGUUGGCGGUGCUUGUGGACUUAAAUUCGUUACACACGGAGUUUUAAAAGUGGAUUCAAUGUAGGGACAACACUAACUUAUCUACUCCGGCCAUGAAAAUGCCGUGGAGAGAUCGAAUUGGUGCGAUAUUUCUGUUAGGAUUGCUCCAUGGCCUAGUGGAAAGUGUGGAGAUAGAGUUUGACAGUCCUGUGGAUGGCUUCUUCUUGAAGUCUGUCUACCAUAAGAAUGAGCCAUGGGAUCCGUUGAUGAAGAAAGAAAACUUUGUUAUUACGCGACCAGCAGAGAACUACAACUUGAAGGCAAGCAGUGGUCCCUUCGAAGUUCACCAGGUCAUACAGGACGAUCUGGUUCACACAUUACUUGACUCCAACACAAUGGGAAAACCAUCACUUGUUGAUCAUGACGUUGUGUUCAAUUUAGACGUCAGUGCGCACAUUAUUUCUGACACACUUUCACCAAAAUGGCCGAAACUACAAGUGUUAAUACAUGCUAGUCCUCCUCUAAGUUCAAAAUCUCGAGGUAAAGGCAAGGUGAAAUCUUCCUCUUCAAAGGCAGGAUAUCGUGGGACACCGCGUAUGUGGUGCGGACAUGUAUAUGCUCACCUGAACAACCAAGAGCUUUCGUCAUUAUGUGUUCUAAGUAACAAAGACAAUGCCUGUGUGGCCAGUUUAAUUAUCCCAGAGAACUGGUUUCACAGCGAUGAUAUCACAGGAGUACCGUCGAUGUAUGUGUCGUACACUUUCUCGCACGCUGACCAAAAUCAGGAAUGCGCCAGUGCCUCCAAUUCCAUAGUUCCUGGGCGAUCAUUUGAAAAUUCAUUGACGAACAAACGGAAAUAUAUUAUGUCAUUAUCUUUAGCUAACAGAGAUAAUGAAUAUGAAGUGAAAAAAGACCAACAUAUUCUUAUACAUGUGCCAAAGGAAUCCUUUACACCAUCGUCUGUGUUUGAAAUACCAGUGAAGUUGGAAGCUAGGUCAGAUCUUCAGGUUUUCGUUAUGAGAGCUAAAGUACGGAAUGGAUUAAAGAUUACAGGCGCUAUUGCAGAGGCUGACGGACCCUGGCAAAUCCAUGUGGACAUAAAUGAAAGACAACGUGUUGGCACAGUCACGGCUCGUAUUCAUGACAUCACGAAAUACAUGGCUUCCACAAAAGUGCAAGAAAUUUUCAAAUGGCGAGUAGAAGUGGAAGAGACAGGAUCAAACAUAGGAACAGGACGAAUCAUUUGGAGUAUCGAAUAUGAACGGGAUCAACAGCAUGAAUCCUACACAUCACAAGGAUCAAGAAUUGUGUCACGUAUUAACAUUCGAAGUCGAGAACAAGAGAGAAUUGUUCCCAUAUUGAAGGUGAGAGAAAUCUUGAACUUUGCUCUCCUGACUGAACGUAAACAGGUUUAUCCCCUAAGAGUGUACAGCGUAAAAGAAUCCGAUGACCUGACGGACAUCUCCGAGGAAACCGCUUGUCAUUCAGCUGAGGAAGAUGUCCUCAAGGUGACAUCCAACUGUUCGUCAGUGUAUGUGGAUGGAACAGAAAGACGAGGGUCACACAAUGUUACCAUUAUUGCUAAGUCUGGACGCAAUACAGCAUUUGUUAAUGUCAGAGUAUGGAUACCUGCAGAACACCUUGACGUACAGUUAUCGGACGAAAAGCUUAGUCAGGUUCGAGGCUGGAAAGUGUCACAGCGACACCAAGGCCGUGGCAACCGAAGAGGGAGAACCCGGAAUAAAAGACUUGUUGAUCAGUUUCCAAUGUUGAAAAAAUAUCGGAAAUAUUCUCGUGGUGGAGGUGGUGGUGGGGGAGGAAGUUGUCAGCUCCGUCACCAACAAGCCAUAGUGGAGGUGUAUGCCCAGUUUUAUAUAUCCACACCUGGUGGCCCAAAUUUCUUCAAAAGUAAAAAGGCUUGGCUCAGGGUCACUGAUAUGGUCAUGGACAAACUCCGUGUAACUGACCCUCGUGUGGUCAGUCUCAAUAAUGGUGUUAUACAGGGACAAAGUGUGGGAAGGACUGAGGUACAGGUCAUGACCCCGAUGCGGAGGCUGAUUGGUGGUAAGGAGGUCCGUGUAAGCAAUGACAAGGUGUCAGUUGACCGGCUAGUCAUCACCUUGGUGUCUGGAAUCACCCUUGGGAUCCAUAUUUCUCACGAGAUUCCUGGUGCCCUGACAGCAAUCUCACACAUACAGGAUAGACUGUAUAACAAGUAUCAGGAGGCUGUGCUGGAUGUUUCUAUACAAUAUUCUGAUGGCACACAUUUCCCCUUGGCAAAAGUGGAAGAGGAGGAUUACAUUCUAGAUGUGUCCACUCUCAAUCACUAUGUUAUUGGCAUGGCUCCAUACACAAAUCAAUACCAACCACGCAUUGUUGCCCUAGGCCAAGGUCAUGGGGAACUUCUCAAGGUCAUGCUUAAACUUAGCAAUGAUUGUGCAAGGAAAAGGUCAAGGUCGGUUUCUGUUAACUAUGUUGUUGUUGACUCUGAUUUCUCUCCCGGCGGCCGUGUUUAUAAUGAUCCUUUUGUCAGUGGUGGCAUCUAUACCGAUAACAGAGCAAGUGGUCACAGCAGAGAUUCAAAAAACAUGAAUAUCAACAAUAAAAAGCUUCCAUAUAUAUCACAUCCUAUCAUCGAAAAAGACCAAGGUAAGGAUGAUAAAGAUCGGAAGAUGUUUCCUAAAAAAGAUCAAAAAGAUCUUAGUGUGAUCCCCGUUGAAUUUGAUCUGGCAGAGAAUCUGCGGAGUCAGGAAAGCCCACAAACAAAACAGGAACCAGUUCGCCAGGAGGAAAUAGCCAUGUUAUCUCCUCUUGAGAUAGGCAUGUACGUCUUGUUGGCAGUGUUCUGUGUUGCUAUUUGUGUGUUUCUUGUCAACUGUAUUGUGUUUAUGGUGCGUUACAAACGCAAGCAUGUACCCAAAGGUAAGCGGUUAGAGACUGUAGCCCAGGCAAACGACUGGGUGUGGAUAGGUCGAGCAACGCUGGAACGUAAUGCCAUCAACACCAAGUGCUCGCAGACCUUGAUGCCAGCUGAAGACUUUAAUGGCAAUCACACGCCUGUCGCAGGUGGAAGUAGUCAAAACAGCAGUGGACAAAAUUCAGCUGAAGCUAGUAAUAGAAGUAGUUUUGUUUCUACCAUAAAAGGGUCAGAGUGUAGCAUCCGUAUCACAGCGAAUCCCCUGUUAGAAGCUUCAAAUCCUCCAUCUACAGUCGGCGAGGAGUUAGACAACAAUAACCAGCGUCGUCAACUUCAGCAGCACAUUGACCCAGAGUGGGAUUAUGAGGCCAUGGGUAUGACCUAUGACCAGCUUGUCGACUAUUUUGACAACUUGAAGGAAUCCACAGCUUAGUAAUUAAUUCCUGUCAGCAAUCAUCAACAAUUUUUCCAUUUCGUGUGCGACAAUUUUUAGUUUUCGUCGCAUGAGAUUGAAAGUUAUAGUUACAUGUAUGGAAAUGAUUCACUAAUUUCAGAAGGUUUAGAUCUGAAACUAGUGACAGUACUUUCCCAAGCUGAAGGAUUUGAGAGAGUAAUCCCAAUUCUUUAUAGGUUUGGUGAUGUUGUUCACUUUGUGAGGAGUUUGAUAUUGUUUCAAACAGAGGAAAGCACUUGUUUAUUUCAAAAAACAGUUGAGGAUGUUAGUUUUUCUUUUUUGUUGGAAAUAAAACAUGUUUGUUAAAAGACAAGAUCAAUGCAAAAAAGGAGAUUGUGGAUAGGAAGUGUGCUUCCAUCUGUGUUGUGAUUACAGCAAAUAAUCGCUGGCAAUAGUUCUUGGCAUGUAAGCCUGCUACCUCUAAGGCCGGAUCAUAACUUCUCGUACAUCAGACAGGGAGUUACACAGUGCUAGUCUCUCGUCUCGAUAUGUCUGGUACCUUUACACGAUACUUGGUACUAGGUGGCAUCAUAAUUAAAAGAAUGCCAUAUUUAAUUAUCUUGCUAACGUAUAACGGCAAUGGGAGGUAAUGUAAUCAAAUUGAAGAUUUUUUUUUCCAACUUAUACAAGAUUAUGUACGAGAAAUAGAAUCUGUUACUUGUACAGUUGUUGGAUGAUGUGCUGUAAUAUCGCAUUCACAGCUUCACCUUGAAAUAGUUUUUUAUAGAAUGUCAGCCCUCGACUGAGAUGGAUUGAUCUUUAACACAUAUAUGUAACAGAUUCUAUCAAUAAGCUACCUUGGAUCCAGACUUGCACCUUAGAAGCUGGUGGGUUAGGGGUGUGAGGGGUGAGGGGAUCUUACAUUUCUAAAUUACUGCAAGAUCUAGAAGUAAUAUUGUAAAGAAAAUAAUUUCCCUCCCCUUUCCCCACCCCCCACCCCUAAAAAAGGAUGAAUUCCCAUUAUCACGAUAUGAUAUUGGACAUAAUACACCUUGUUACCAUGACAAUUGGUUGAAUGUGGGUAUUUAAAAUUGCAGUGAAUGUGGAUUUUUUUUAAAUUGCCAGCAUGUGCACAGUUUUGUUUUGUUUCAUUUUAUUUUUUUUAACAAGAAACAUCACAGGAGAAUUUUAUGGAAGAGAUAAUGAUUCCAUAGAUUAAAUAAAAUGCAAAUUGAUAUCACCUUUUGCUUUGAUGCAAGACCUCAAAUACAGAGUGAAUGAUGACAUGUACCAAAGUUUGCUUGCCAGUUAUCUGUAAUAUUUCAUGUUACAUAACACACUGUACAAUUAUUUACAAUGUAUAUCACAAAUUUAUUACCAAGUACUCUACCACAUCGCUUCAUUAGAGGCAGUAUGCUUUUGUGGUAGUAUCUCUAACAAAUUAACUAUUGUUUUCAAAUUUUGAUAUUUGAGUCAGCUCUUCUCAAAAUUUCAAUCAAAGGAAAAAUUUGCAUUGUUUUCAUGCCGUCAAUAUUUAACAGUUUAUAUUUGAUAGUACAUAUUCAACAAGGAAUGAUUUGUUACUUGUUAUAUAAUAAGAAAUGCAGAGCAUUGAUGUGUGUUAAAUAGAGGCCAAUGAAAAUUAGAAAAUCUGACUGAUAUGCAGAGAUUAUUAUCAUUUUAUUUACCAAAAAAUUCAAAAAGUUUGCAUUUUUCUGUUUCAUGUUUGUCUAUUUGCUGAUUCUAAUAUUUCAAAAGUAUAAUAAGAAACAGAUAUUAGAAAACCAAAAUUAAGAUGUCUUUUCCAUUGAUGUUUAAGUAUAUAUAGGAUCAUCUACUGGGGGGGAGAGGGGGGAAUCUUCAGUGAAAUACAGGAUCUUCUACUUUUAUAGGAGGGUGCAAACCUUUCAUCAUACCCUGUUAUUUAUUCGCUAUUUAUUACAUCAUUUGUUAACAGCUUAUUUAUAUAUUGACGACAGAUUGUAGCUUUGAUUGAUCCUUGUAGGUAAGGGCAGAUGUAAAUAUCAUAGAUGUAUGUAUAUAUAGAAGUGUCUAGUUGACACGACACAUUGUGACUACCGCUAAACAGAUGGUGUACAUGCACUUUACUUGGAGUCAAGAAUACUCACUGUUUCAUGCUGAUUGACCUUUUAUGUUAUUGACAUUGGAUCAAAGGUCAUGUGCUAGCAACCUUGACCCUUAGACCACAGACAUUUGACUGUCAGACAAACUGUAGGUACAUGCAGGUAAUUUUAACUUUGACUUCGACCCAUUACCAGAGGCUUUUGUAUUUGGUCCUGGUGUUGUUUACACUUUGACCUAUCUUGAGUUGUGAUACUCAAGACUUGGCACCUGACCCUCAAGUUUCCUCAACCUUCAGGAGUCAGUUAGUGCACAUGUCAUGGUAGUUCCCUUAUUGACAGACAUUUUGUAGAUGUUAUUGUUGAGUAGUUGUAACCAUCAUUUACAUCUCAGUUUGUUGUUAUGAUAUCCUUAAAAGUACUUUACAAUAGUAACUAAAAACUUUAUUUGGAAUAAAAAGAAAAAAAUGAGAAAGAAAUUUGAAAUCAUCUUCAAAAUAAGUUAAAAGAAUGUUCACAUGAAACAGUUUAAUUAUCACUUCAUUAUGUACAUUUUCUUUUUAGUGUAUUAUAUACUAUUUACUUAUUUCUGACUGACCGAAUGAUUUUGUAAGGGCGAAUGAAGGAACGAUUCCUUGUAUUAGUUAUAGAUUGAGAUCAGUUUUAAGUGAUCUAAAUGUUUGCGUAUGUAUUAAAUGUAGCCAUGUUUUGUGUUGUAUGACUCAAUGUUAUAUUAUCUUGUGCCAUUUUGCUUAAGAUUUUUUUUAGCAUUUCUGAACUUUGAUUUUAAUGCGAAAUGCAUAUCUGAUUUUAUGAAAGCAACAACAGCUGAUUCCAGACUUAUCAAAUUUCUGGUAUUAAUGUAUAUUCCUUGUUUAACCUUCUAUAUGUCAUAAAUUAUUAUUUUGGAGAACUAUUUUUUGCUAGAUUUUAAGAUGUUUAUGUGAUGUCUUCAGAAGAUUGAACAACAGAAAUGUACCUGGUAUUUUAAAACCAGCACUCCUAAAGUGUUUGACAUGUUUGCAGGACAAAUAACAAUAUCACCUAUUGAAUCUCAAAAAAUAAAAAAUUAUAUUGAUUAUUAGGAAAGUUCACCUGGUGCUUUAUUUUAUCCCUGUUCCCCAAGUACACUUGUUUUAUUGAUGUAGGGGACAUAACUCUAGUUCAGGAACUGCCUACAGUCUGUGUUCUGAUAUUUUCAAAUCUGUAUCAAAGACAACUUUUAAAGAUUCAAAUGAUAAGAUAAUUAUUCCAAAACUAUUUUUCUUUCAUUGUUUGUCCUGAUAUUUGUACCUUUUCAAUCCAUUUCUAUAUAAUCUAAGGUUAGAAACCACCCUUUCUCUGUGCAAGCAUAUCGUAUAAUGGUGGCUGAUUUCCCCUGUGGUCAGUGUUAAGUUCCGACAAUAUUUAGUUCUAAAAUAUAGUCAUAGUAACACAGAAAGAGUCAACUCCAUGUCUAUCCCAUCUCCUUCCCUCCCUCCCUCCCACUAUCUACUUUCACUUAAGGCUUAACCUAUUCUGCUCAUUCUAGCUUUUCUUGUCAGCUGAAAGGCCAAAAGGCCAUUAGUGGACAUUAAGCCCAUCAAAUAAUAGAAAAGAAAAUAUCUAUAUGUAUAUUUCGCAGUUUUUAACAAUUUACAUUAUAGUACCUUGAAAAUGAAAUGCUUUAUGUGCAAUUUAGAAAAUAUGUAAUAUAUAUGUUUAUUUGCUUUGUUGAUAUGGCUUUGAAACUCGAACAGUUGCUGUUUGUAUAUAUAUAUAUACAUAUAUAUCUGUUAAGUUCUGGUAUGAGAGAGAGUGUGUCAACAAACCAUCAAGCUUGUAUGUUGUAUAGUGAGACUGAUGACCCGUGUUCUACACUAAAUGUACCUUCUUGUACAUAUUCAUGGUAAUAAUGCAUUUACAUUGAAUUUUUUAAAUGUAUUACCCCCAAGUAAACAACUGCAUGACUAUGAUCACCAUUUUUUUUUAUCAAUUUUUGUUGAAAAUUACUGAUAAUCAAGGGAUAACAAUAUCUUAACUUCCAUAAUAUGCUUCUUGAAAUUAUAUUUAAUUCUAAAAUUUACUUUAAGGAGUGGAAUUUUAAGAAUGUUCUAAUUAGGAAAAAGGUGUUCAAUACAAAUGUAGCAUAUAUAUAUUCAUGUGUGUUUAAGUCUGGUCAUCUUUCCCAGUAAAAACAUAGAAUUAACUACUACAAUCAGUUUUUAAAAAAUCAUUAAUCCCAACAUCACAAGCGCUUUAAAUGAAGUGUAGAAAAUUUAUUUCAUUUCAACAAAGAUCUGUUUCUGAUCAUCUUUGUAUAUAAUCAUGUGGCCGUUUCAAAACCCCCUGUUGUAUAAUGUACUAGAUGUAGCGUUACGUAUUUUGUAAUUCAAAGGUUGAACUAUAUAACAUAUUUGUUAAUGUCCCACCAUCUUUGUUGUCAACAAGAAUCAACAAGGAAACACAAGAAAUUCUAUUCAAUUUUGGCAGUACAAAUCUAAAAUCAAAAGUAUAUUACUUGGUAAAAUAAAACUUGAUUUACACAUAGAUAAUUUACAGCUUUUUGUAGAUAUGAUCAUAUAUAUAUAUAUUUCUCAAAUAAAGUUUUUAAAUGAAACAAAAAAUUAACAAGAUAUGAUGUCAGAAGUUAGAGUUGUUGAAGCAUAAUUGUUUGUUUUUUAAUUGUAUCAGUGUAAAUUGAGUUAGCUGUGACCUGCCUGCAACAGGGCUAAUGUGUCCUUUACCCCAAGGGAAUUUGUGACAAGCCCCCUGUAAGGGUUUGUUUUUGUUAUGUAUCACCUAGAUCGCCUGGUCUAGUAUAACGUCCCACCAUUGGCUUGUGAAAUCAACUGUGUUGUUUGUAAAGGGCUUUGUAUAUGUUUGACGAUGUAUGUAUAUCAUGUUGCUAAACUCCAUCACUUAUAUGAUAUAUGGAAUUAGCAUUAUUAAAAUUGUUAUUUUUAAGAAGAAA